AUGUCCAUUAUAUCUUGUGCAGAAAAGAUACCUGAGGUAGAAGCCUCAUUGCUACCUAUGCAUCUUCAAUAUAGUGGUCCAGCAAACACAUCUGAAUAUUUCACACCUUCGAAAACUACCGAGAAGCAGAACGAUGGAUCUGAGGUUACUACUGCGUACUUUAGGGGUUGUCGGUUAGUUGCAAAAGAAGUUGAUUUGAAGAAAAGCGAUGUCAAAGGGUACUUAGUAAACAAAAACGAGGCUUUACAAAGGGAAGUAAAUGAAGAAGACGGCACAGAAAUAAUCAAAACUGUCAAAAACUAUUGCGCCGUUGCGUCCUUCGAUAAGCUCACUUUUGAUGACGAAGGAGCCAAUGAACCACCAUUGAAGAAAAGCAAAUGCACUGGGGAACUUGAUCUCGACUCGGAUUCUGACUUUGAAGAUGUACCCUUGCAAUUGGUCAAUCACCAGCCGCCCACGCCCUUCGAAGAUGCGGCAAGCGAAUUCAACAUUGCUAUUGGGGAUGUAAAUGAUGUACAAAAGGAGAAGUUGAGGCAGCGGAUAGAGGAGAAACAGAAAAGAAUCAGCAGUCAAUACUUGGGUAUCGUCGCUUACACCCUCCAUGCUUGGACACGUAACAAGAUACUCUCCGAUAGGAGAGUUUUGAAAGCUUUGAAGAAGCUUGUGCCUGAUCUGUUUUCAAAACAAUAUAAGAAAUUCAAAAAGAACCCCACUGAUGAACAUUUGGUGUAUCUCAUAAAGUACUUGAUAAAGUGGUUUAGAAAGAACUUCAAGCAUGACUCGAAUGGGCUACGAGUGCUUGGGUAUUUACCAAAAAAGUUCAAACUGGCCGACAACUACUUUCCAAAUAACUCCAAACCCGUUUCCGGGGUAAAGGAACUUUUACUAGUGAUCAAAAAGUUUCAGCAUAACCGGGACGUUGGUGCGCAGAUAUUCACGGCGUUGCUCCGCAGCUUGGGACUUGAGGCAAGGCUUCUCUUUUCGUUGCCUGUUUUGAGUACCAAGAAGCUGGCUAGAUUGCAACCACGAUUGGACCAUAAAAUACUCAGUAUAAACAAGGAUAACGAUCUACUAUAUCCAUAUUUUUGGACCGAGCUUGUUAAUCCGAUGAACACGUCUGAGAUUUUUGUCAUUGAGACGCAAUGCUUUUUGGAAGAAGAGAAACGGUUGGUACGAUUGAAAAGAAAUCUGUCCAGUGUCCAAAAAUCUUACACAAGCAUCUACUUCCCAGUUCAGGACCAAUUUUGUCAAAUGUCUAUGCAUUAUGUGUUGGGUUUUUCAAAUUCCAAUCUUGUAGUUGAUGUUAGUUCCCGAUACAUGAGUGAUGUCUCCUACAGAUGGUUUAAUAGACUUGAUUUGAGAACGGAAUCAGGUCGCUCUGCCUUAUUACUUCAAUCAAUCAUCCGAAUAUUGAACUCGAGGAAGCAGUAUACUGCUGAAGACAACUUGGAGUUGGAUACUUUACGAGUUAUCGCAAUGGGCAAUUUCAGCAUUCCCAAAACGCUUUCGGCAAUGAAAAGGAGUCCAAAUUUUACAACAAAGUCUACUUUGAGAUAUAAUGAGGUUAUCGAUGCCAAGGCCACACCGAUUGCAAAGUCUUUCAACGGUAAGAAAUGCAAAGUCUUUUUCAAAAAUAGCCUCAUAGUAGGUAAAUCGGAACAGCAGUGGAAAUUUUGUGGGAGAUCAGUAAAGCCCAAAGAGCUUGGAAAGCCAAUAAAAAUAGUCAAAGCUAAUCCAAGAACUUUACACCGAAGAAGAAUGUUCAAUAUGAACGACACGAGUGAUCCUGAGUUGAACAAUUUACCGUUGUACUCUUUUUCUCAAACAUGCCCUUAUAUCCGGCCAAAAGUUAUCAAUGGUGUUCUACCAAGAAACAAGUAUGGCAAUAUUGAACUAUUUAGGCCCAGCAUGGUUCCUGAAGAUUGCGUGUGGCUAAAAAUGACAGACGUUGAAUUGGCACUUUCGAAAAGCAAAGUGGAGUACGUUCCAGUGGUUGUAGGGUUUGCAUUCAAAGGUGGAUCUGCAUAUCCCGUUAAAAGUGGAGUUGUCGUUGCAAUCAAACAAUCCAAGCCCUAUGCGCAUGGAGAACACUUUUAA